AUGUCGGAGGAGUUACCAAAGAGGCUUUUUAAGGAGGGCGAAGAGCCUCAGGUGUCUCAGAUCAAUAACAACUGCAGGAUCGACUACAUAAUUAAGAAGUGCACAGCGUGGAUGCCAAAGGAGCUGGAUGUUGUGAAGAAAGAUCCGGUGUUUGCUCAGAUUUUUAAGCUUCAUGAAAACGGUCUCGGGUACUCGGCGAGAGUGGUACACAGCUUCUUGUGCAGGGAGCUGGUGACUUACAAGCUUCACGAGCUUUGGUUUGUCUUUGCGAGGAGACCACUUCGAUUCUCACUUCAAGAGUACCACGCAGUAACCGGGUUUGAGUUUAACACGAGUAUCUCCCUUUCGGAGUUUGAAGAGUGGAAAUUUGAUGGUGGUUUCUGGAGCAGGGUUUUGAGGAGGAAAGACGAGACAGUUACACUCUUCGAUCUGUGGAAUAAGGACAAGGACUCUGUCAAGAAGUGGAAGAAUGCAGAUCGCAUACGGCUGAUCUACCUUGCCUUCAUUCUUUGUGUCGUUUUAGCGAGAGAUGAGAAGCAGAAUAUCCCUCUCAAAUACAUCAAGGUGGUCAUGGAUCUUGAGAAGGUUCGAAAGUAUCCUUGGGGAGUUGCUUCUUAUGAUCUUCUCUGCGAGUCAAUAGCCAAGAACCGCUACAAACUGAAGGAGAGGACAAGUAGUUAUGUCUUAGAUGGAUUCUCUUACGCCUUGCAGAUUUGGGCAAUGGAAGCUGUACCAAAGAUUGGAAAGCUUUGUGGUAAGAAACUGGACAAAGCUUUUGCGGAUGGUCCUAGAUGCAUCAACUGGAUGGGAGCUGGAAAGGUGUCAUAUCAAGAGACCAAUCGGUUGGAGGAGAUUUUUACAGCUGAGGAUGACAUGUAUCCAUUCAUCUCAUGGACAGAGAAUAUGGAUAUUAUCCAGAGUAUUGAUUUCCGCAGAGAUGAUGUGGAGGAUGAAAGAAUCAAGGGUCUGAUGGAGCUGAUUUCCGCAAAGAAUGACUUCACUCAGCAUGUUUGGGAUUUCGAAGAAGCUGUAGAGGAAUCUCUAUAUCAGCCUGAUGAAGCAAAUGUGAAUGGUGAAGAGGGAGUGAAUGAUGAAGCAGCUGAGACAGAUGAGAGUGAUGAAACUUUUCAGACUCCAAGAGGAUCAACGAGCCUAGGCGAUACAUCAAAGCAGGGUAAAAAAAGGCUUCCAGAUCGUGGUAUGGAAAAAAGGAAGCAUAAGGUUCUCAAUGGUGGAUCGAAGCAACCAUCUUUUAAUGAAGACAUGAAGGCUUUUAUGGCGCAGUUGUUUGAGCAGAAUAUCUCUGCAAUGGAGCAAAGGAUGGAGAAGAAGAUGGAUGAGAAAUUAGAGCAAUUGGAACAUCGGCUAAAAGCUCCAACUAAGGAACCCUGCGUUGAAGUUGAGGAUGGAGAGACGCCUUCUCCGAGCAAGACAACGACGACCCAGCAGCCAUCGUUGAGGAGGUCCACACGCGGGAGUCUAGUGGAUCUUAAUUUCACUCAAGAAGAGGCUAGCUUUCGUGGAAUCAGUACGCAAGGCGUCGAAGGGCUUUCUCAUGCGUCUCAUGUGACCGACUUUGAUCCAUCUCAGACAGCCAAGGCAGAUGACUGGUGGACUCCAAUGACUUCAUUUCGAGGUUCGAGCAAGGCUAAAGCUCGUAAAGACAAUACAGUUCAACCUUCACAUUGGAAGAAAUGGUCUAGACUUAAGCUUACCGAUGAAGAUUUGCCCCAAGAUGGUUCUCCGCAGUCGUCGCUGUAUUAUUUCUCUGAAGAAUCAUGGCAAGGAUUCCACGAAUGGUCUAUGAAGCCCGUACCUUUACAAAUAGGUCCUUUGUGUUUCAAUAUGACUGUCGCACAAAGGAUAGUAUGCGCAGGAAAAUGGCUUGGAAACGAGGAAAUGGAUGACUUUAUGUUUAUAUGGCGAGUCAAGACAACGUUGAAGCGUUGGGCGCCAACCCGUGUUGCUUUUAUGACCGCUUUGUUCUGCCUCCAAAUUGAAGCUGCAUACAACGUUUUCCAUCCCGACAAAAAGUCCUAUAAACUGCCAGAAUUCCUUUUAUCAUACGGGAGAGGAGAGAUUCCAUCUCAUGGGCGGACUAAUGAAGUUUGGGGAGUCGAUGUUGAUCGUCUCUACUGUCCUCUGUUUGUAAAUGGUAACCACUGGAUUGCUGUCUGCGUCGACAUCAUUGAAAGAAAAGUGUUCGCCUUUGAUUGCGGUGGGAAUAGGAAUAGGCAAUACGUUGAGAAGUUUGCUGCUAUGAUUCCUAGGAUAGUGAAGGCCGUUGCACCACCUGGAUCGAAGAAGCUACACCUGUCACCAUACACUAUCGUCGAUGUGCCUGUGCAAAAGAGAUUGAACAAGUCUUGUUGUGAUUGCGGUGCGUACGCACUCAAAUACUUGGAAUGCCAUCUGCUUGGUCUCGACAUCAACUUAGUGAAUGACGAAAUAAUUCAAGGUUGCAGACAGAAGAUUGGCGUGGAAUUAUGGGAGGCUACACACGAUCCUGUUUAUGCUGAGGUUAUGAAAACCUAUGUGCCUUCACCAUGGGAGAGGUCUCAGGUCUUCGAUCUGGAAGAAGACUAA